UCUCUGCUGAACUCCCAAAGGGAGUGUGUGUAUUUCCUCCCGUUCUUUAUCAGAGCCCCCGAAAUCAGUGGGAAUGGGCAGUGACUGCUCACAUUCAGCACACCUUUUCCAUUUGCUAAUAAGGCCCUGCCAGGCUGGGAGGGAGUUAUCUCUGCGGGACUCUGGAGAGAAGCACCACUGAGACGGUCCACGAGCACCAUGGAACUCCUUCAAGUGACCAUCCUUUGUCUUCUUCUGUCCAGUCUUUGUAGCAGUGAAAACAACACAGAUGUUAACAGUAUAACCACUCAUGUAUUACCAUCAGCAACAAUUUCUCCAACAAAAACAUCUGUAUUGAAACCAACCACAGUGUCAAAUCCUGUUAUGGAAGCGACAGCUGCAAUGUCUAUAGGCACAACCAGUAAGAAACUCUCAAGUACAUCUUUGCAGCCAACACAUUCUUCUUUAAUGGCAACAGUUAAAGGUGAAGAAUUAACACCCUCCUCUGAUUGGAUUUGUGAUUUCCCUACAGUUAACCCUCUACAUCCAGAGGCGUCACCUUCUAACACCAGUACAUUACCCUCAAUCUCAGUAACAACGCCAGGAAACAGCUCCCAGUUUCAAGGUACUGAGGAUGCAAAAAAUGCAAGCUCUUCUUCAGCCAGCCCCUCUUACUCCAGUAUUAUUUUGCCAGUGGUGAUUGCUUUGAUUGUAGUGACACUUUCUGCAUUUGUUCUUGUGGGUUUGUAUCGAAUGUGCUGGAAGACAGACCCAGGCACACCGGAAAAUGGAAAUGACCAACCUCAGUCCGAUAAAGAGAGUGUGAAGCUUCUCACUGUUAAGACAAUUUCUCAUGAGUCAGGUGAGCACUCUGCACAAGGAAAAUCCAAGAACUGACAGCUUGAUGAAUCCUCCCCACACCUGGGCAAUAAAUAUGUAAGUUGUUUUUUUUUUUUUAAU